AUGGCCUUCUCUGAGCUCAUAGACCGAGUGGGCAGCAAGGGCCCCUUCCAGUUCCUGAACAUGGUCUUGCUCGGCCUCCCAGUCCUCGGCCUGGCCAACCACUACUUGCUACAGAUCUUCACGGCUGCCACGCCGGCCCACCACUGCCGCCCACCCCCCAACGCCUCCACGGGGCCCUGGGUGCUCCCCAAGGGCCCGAAUGGGAAGCCUGAGACGUGCCUCCGUUUCAUAUAUCCGCCCAAUGCCAGCCUGCCCAACGACACGCAGGGGGCCACCGAGCCGUGCCUGGACGGCUGGGCCUAUGACCCCAGCACCGCGGACUCCAUCGUGACUGAGUGGGACUUGGUGUGUGACUCUAACAGACUGAAGGAGGUGGCCCAGUCUGUCUUCAUGGCGGGUACACUGAUUGGGGGGAUCGUGCUGGGAGACCUGUCGGACAGGUUUGGCCGCAAGCCCGUCUUGACUUGCUGUUACCUGCUGCUGGCAGCCAGUGGUUCUGGAGCGGCCUUCAGCCCCAGCCUCUCCGUCUACAUGGUCUUCCGCUUCCUGAGUGGCUGGAGCAUCUCAGGCAUUGUCCUGAGCACCUCGAUCUUGAAUGUCGAGUGCGUGUCCACCCAGAUGCGGGCCAUCAUGUCAACUUUACUGGGUUACUUCUAUACCUGUGGCCAGUUCAUUCUGCCUGGCCUGGCCUAUGCCAUCCCCCAGUGGCGCUGGCUACAGUUAACCGUGUCCAUUCCCUUCUUGGCCUUCUUCCUGUCAUCCUGGUGGAUACCAGAGUCCGUACGCUGGAUGGUCCUGUCUGGAAAAUUCUCAAAAGCGCUGAAAGUACUCCGGCAGAUGGCUGCCCUCAAUGGCAAGAAGGAAGAGGGAGAAAAACUCAGCGUGGAGGAUCUCAAAUUCAGCAUGCAGAAGGAGAUCUCCUUGGCCAAGACCAAGUACAGCAUAGCUGACCUGAUCCGGACACCCAACAUGCGCCAUGUGACCUUCUGUCUUUCUAUGGCCUGGUUUUCCACCGGUUUUGGCUACUACAGCCUGGCUAUGAGUGUGGAAGACUUUGGAGUGAACCUCUAUACCCUCCAGCUCAUCUUUGGUGGGGUCGACAUCCCCGCCAAGUUCAUCGCCGUCCUCUCCAUAAACCAUCUGGGCCGACACAUCACCCAGGCCAGUACUCUCCUCCUGGCAGGAGGGUCCAUCCUGGCUCUCAUCUUUGUGCCCCCAGACCUGCCGACCCUGAGGACAGUCCUGGCUGUGUUUGGGAAGGCCUGCCUGUCCAGCUCCUUCAGCUGCCUCUUCCUCUACACGACUGAGCUGUACCCCACAGUCAUCCGGCAAACAGGUAUGGGCAUAAGCAACUUGUGGACCCGUGUAGGAAGUAUGAUGGCUCCGCUGGUGAAAAUCACAGGGGAGUUGCAGCCCUUCAUCCCCAGUGCUAUAUUUGGGACCGUCACCCUCCUUGGAGGCAGUGUCGCCUAUUUCCUGCCUGAGACCCUCAAUCAGCCCUUGCCAGAGACUAUCGAAGACAUAGAAACGUGGUCCUGCCGGGCAAAGAAACCAAAGCAGGAACCAGAAGCGGAAAAAGCAUCCCUGAGGAUCCCUCUGCAGCCUUGUGGACCAGGCCCGGACCCCAGCUGA